GGCAGUUUCAAAGGUUGUGUACAUCUGUUCAACUCCACGUCUGAGGAACAUUGUGUUACCAAAAAUUUACCGGUUCGCAAACUUCAGCAAGAAAGAAGAAUCUAUAAAGUCUGCCAUCAUGAGUCCCUGACAUCUAGGCCUUUGCAUUUAUCACUAUGAGUGGUGCUGCGCUGGCUGUUGUGGUCAUAGGAGCUUUUUUCUUGGCUCUCUACCUCCUCCAGCGAUAUGCAGAUCUACGAAAGCAGCAACGGAUGGUCCUGUUGGGCACUCUGCUGUCUUGGUACCUCUGCUUUCUCAUCGUCUUCAUCCUGCCACUCGAUGUUAGCACGACCAUCUACAAGCAAUGUCUUCUCAACAGUAUAAACCAUCCUACUGCUGUACCUCAGCAAAGUCAUAUUAAUCAAACAGACACCAGACUCUCUUUUUAUCCAAAUCGAAGUGAGUCUAAGUGUGUGCAGCCAUGGAGUCACAUCCCAGACGGUGUUCUACCAGUGCUCUGGAGAGUUGUCUACUGGACUUCCCAGUUUCUUACUUGGCUGCUUUUACCUUUCAUGCAGUCUUAUGCACAGUCAGGAGCUUUUUCCAGGGCUGGAAAGAUUAAAACAGCCCUCAUUGAAAAUGCAAUCUAUUACGGCACCUACCUCCUUAUCUUCAUCUCUCUGCUCAUAUAUGUGACUACUCAAACAAAGUGGAAACUCUCAUGGACAGGGAUCCAGACCGUUGGCAUCACAGCUGCCAACACCUGGGGCCUUUUUCUUCUGGUGCUGUUGCUAGGUUACGGUCUGGUGGACAUCCCUCGCUCUUAUUGGCUCUCCUCUCGCCAUGGUCACCUACUGACCAAGACCUACUUUAACGUGGCCAAAAUGGCCACUGAGAAGGCAGCAGCUGAGGAGAACUUGGCAAAUGUUAUGGAGGAGGUGGCAGCUGUGCAUGUAUCUGUUAGGCUAAGUAGUUGUUUACGGAAGUACGUGGACACCAUUUUAACAAAGUGUCCCACAGAGUACCAAGAAGAGAUGAGAAGAGACGGGGAAACCUCUUCUGUUGAACAUAGUAUCCUUCCUACCAAAGGAGGACUAGUUAAGCUUCAUAAAAAGGUGAUCUGUGCAGUGCAAAGACAUAAUCAGGUUCGUGUUCAGUGGCCAAUCUUGUUAGACAAGGCCUUUCAUCUAGAAGACGUAGCUAAGAGUCAGACCUGCCCAGCCCGCCAAUUCAUCCACAGUUUCCCUUCAACGCAAAACCGUAGCUGGAUCCGCAGGUUCAUCUACAGGCCCUCAGUUGAGUGGUACUGGGAGUGUGUGUUGAGGCAGGGCUUCUACAGGCUGUUGGCAGUGUUCCUGUGCCUUCUCUCAAUUGCAGUAGUCUGGUCUGAGUGCACCUUUUUCAGCACUCAUCCUGUCCUUUCUCUCUUUGCGGUCUUUGUUCAGACUGCCGAAAAACAAUACAAUUACAUAUGUAUUGAGAUGGUGUGCUUUGUCAGCAUCCUCUUCUUGUGUGUAUGUGUCUACUCUACAGUGUUCAGGAUACGAGUUUUCAACUACUAUCACCUAGUGCCACAUCACCAGACUGAUGCUUACAGCCUGCAGUUUAGCAGCAUGUUGUUUUGCCGUCUGACUCCCCCUUUAUGCCUCAAUUUUCUGGGCCUCAUUCACAUGGACUCUGCCAUCUCACACGAGGACAGAAUACAGACAUCCUAUACCUCGAUAAUGGGUUCAAUGCAUCUGCUGUCUUUCAUAUCUGAUGGGUUCUACAUCUAUUACCCCAUGCUGGUUCUGCUGCUAUGCUUUGCUACUUCGUGCAACCUAGGCUCUCGCUGUUUGAACCUCCUGGGUUUCCAUCAGUACAUUACCGAUGAUGAGUUGACCUCUGACCUUGUUGAUGAAGGCAAGGAACUCAUUAGAAGAGAAAGAAGAAAACAACAAAAAAAUAGAGGAAAUCGAGGAUUGGCCUGGAGGGAUCGGUAUGCAGACAAUGAGGGGGCUGGACGAACCAGAGCAGGUUACACAGAGUUGAACGAGAAUCAGAAGAGCCCCCUUGCAAAGCUAAAAAAAAAUGUUAACCAGUUUACUAGAAGAGAUGAAGAGAUGGAGGAACAGCAGAUAGGUUUACUGCAAGAUAGCCCUAGUAAUGACGGAUCGCCAAACAAAAGUAGAUCAACAGCAGGACGUUACCUGUCCCUAUCGCCUUCUCAAACCAAGAUAUUCGAUGAUGUUUAAUUGACAGAUGGAGGAGAUGGAGGAAAAGCAAGAAGCUAAAAUGUGCUGGUAAAAAAUGAUUUUAUCUCGGGAAAUAAAAAGAAACAUUAAGUAGAUUUCUUUCAAGUGACAUAACACCAAAAGGUUCAACAUGCACACACAACUGUGCUGAAAUAUAAAAAAAAAAAAAAAAAAAAAAAGAUAAAAAAUUAAUUGUAGAUCUUGGACAGAAAA